CCUCUGCUCCGGAGCCGAGAGCGCCCAGAGCUUUGCGAGGAGGAGGACGCGGCCGUUGCGCAGCGGGGACUCCGACGGCCUUGCUCGCCCGGCUCGCUUUGCCCUCGCCCCGUCCAGCCUUUGCAGCAGCAGCGGCCAGACGCUCCCCGAGCCCUUCAGACGACCGUGUGCCUUUCCUGCUCGUUUCAGCCCGAGCGCCGGAGCCCAGAAGGAAAGCCAGCCGUCGGAGCGCCAUGGCGCAGUUGCGUCUUCGGGCUUGGCUCCUAGCCGUGGCCUUAAGCGCGACCCUCCGCUUCUGCCAAGCAGGGUUCCCCGCCAUCCAGCUGAGAGACCAGGAGGGCCCCAUCCUUGAGGGCAACAAUGUGACUCUGGAAUGCCUGAUCAGCGAUGGGGACAAUGCGUCGGACUUCACCUUCCAAAAAUAUAGCAAGUGGCUCCGUUCUUGGGUCUCUUUGGAUCAAAGUCACGACUUGCGUUGCUGGUUUUAUGAUGUCGCUGUGAAUCACGACAACGGGCGCCUCCUGCUGAUCAUUAGCGACAUCCAAUCUUGGCACGCCGGACCUUACCGCUGUGCCAGCCUCAAUGCCACUGACAACACCACCAUCUCGGACAAACUGGACUUGCAGAUGGAGUAUCUGCACAACGUCUUUGUCAGCCAGUCCAACUCCUGGUGUGGUACCGUAGGAGACUCCGUGACGGUCGUUGAAGGCGACAACCUGCAACUUCAAUGUUCAGCUGAUGCCUCUCAGACACCACUUUACGAGUGGAUUCGAGAGGGAGAUGACUGGAUCCUGCCCUCAAAUUCCUUAACUCUCUCCAAGAUAACUCAGGAGCAAGCAGGGACCUAUAUUUGCCAGGCCCACCAUCCAACUUUGCCUCAGUUGACCAAGAGAAAAUCAGUCCGCUUGCUCGUGGAGAGCACCAAGCGCAGCUUUAGUUUUGAUUCCGUGCUGUCCCUCAGCACCCCAAUGCUGGCCCUGGCGGUGGCGCUGCCAGCCGUUCUGUUGCUGCUGCUGAUCUUGGUCUUCGCCUUCCUCAUUCCCCGUCACCGGGCUGCAGUCCUGAAGAAAAUGGCUUUGGAGGAAUCUGGCCAGCGCACCCCCAUCUACAAAGGCAGCCUUGACUCCGUGCCUUCCAUUGCGGGAGACAGCCAGCCACUAGUAAUGUGAAGCAGAAGCACCGGAUGAAAUGAAAUUUUUCAAGAUCCAGUUUUUUUUUUCCUGUAUUGAUUAUGGACUGGCGGCAAUAUCCUCAGUGUCAGCAACUGGUUGUGUUUUUGUGUAUAUUUGGGGGAAUUGUUAUCUUGGCUUUUUAGAGCUUUUUAGAGCUGUUUGGAAGAAUUGAGGGGGGGGCAGUAAGUGAUAUUGGGGUUCCUAUGAAUCUCUCCUUUCCUAGCUACUUUUUUACUUGCCAGUUCUGUUACCCUUUCCAGGCUAAAAUAUUUUUUUCCCCUGUGGUUCAUUUGGCUGAUAUCUACCCCGACAAGCAUUACCUUCUUUCAUGUUUGGACAGAUGUUUUCUCUUUAUACUUUCACUUUUUAACUUAAGAGUCAGUGAAUGAAGAAUAAGGCACUGGGCCAUUUACACACUUUGUUUGUUGAAAAUAAACAAACAUUGGCUCUUU